AAGCAGGGAGAGGCGGAGGAGGAAAAAGGCAGAGAGAGAGAGCCCAGCCCUUCUUGAAAUACACGGCAACAACACGCUGACAAGGGAGGCGCGCACACACACCCGUACUGACCGAGGCUCGGCUGCCGUUAUUUUUUAUUUUUGGUUGGGUGCAAAAAGAGGGGCGCCUUUUCGACGCUGCGGAUAACAUGAACUGAAACCGAAGAGGCAGGGAUCCCGCUCCCAUAUCCCGAAUAUUCACUGUCAAGGUGGAAACCUGACCGCCCUCCUUUCCCAUAAACCCCCUUCCUUUCUCCCUUUGCCCCCAUAGGAGUACACCCCCCUCCCCCACCCCCACCCUCGCACACGCACACACACCCACACCCAAAAAAAAAAGCCCCCCUUCCCCGCUGGACUGCUCCACCCCUCCGGUCACCGAGAUGCACACGGAGACCCGUAAUAAAAAAUGCCAGUCCACCCCUAAGCAGAGGAGGAGCGGCGCCCACAAGAAGCAGAGGACACCGGCCGCCAAGCAGAGCGCCUUGACGCAGCAACCGCCGCCGCCCUCGCCGCCGUCUCCGGCGCGGGAGGAAGAGGAGAGAGAGGAGAACGCGGAGCCCACGGCCGGGCCUCGGGCGGGGGAGGAGGAAGGCGUAAGCGAGGCAGAAAGAGGAGAAGAAGAAAAAGAGGAGGUGGAGGAGGCGGGGACAGACAUGCCUUCGGUUCAGAUCAAAUCAGAGCCAGAGGAGAUGGAGUGCACGCAGGCCAACGUUGGUGACGAGCGCUCCUACCCCAAAGUGAAGACAGAGUUUCCAUCCAUUAAGGCCGAGGCGUCCUCGCCGCAGCCCUGCACAGCCGAAGACCAGACCGAGCCUGUGGACUUGUCUCUCAACAAGCCGCGCUCCUCUUCUGUGCCCACGUCCACGACUAACACCACCGUUAACCCGGCGCCAGGCAGCGCCGUGACACCGCCUAGCCUGUCUGCGACGCCUGUCACCUCGGCGGUACAGUCAAUAGGCUCUAUGGUUCUGUCCCCGGGGUCCAUUUUGGCCACGCAAGGCGUUGGCGGACAGCAGAUCCUCCACGUCAUCCACACUAUCCCGUCAGUGAGCAUGCCCAGCAAAGUAGGCCAGUUGCAGACCAUCCCCGUGGUGGUGCAGUCCCUACCGGUGGUAUACACCACCAUGGCAACCGAUGGCAUGGCGACCGCUGCCAUCACGGUGCCCCUUAUAGGAAGUGAUGGACGGUCAGAAGGCACAGUUCGUAUUAAGCCGGGCUCGACGUCUCCGGUGGAAUAUCAGAGCGAGAGCGACGCAGAGAGCGGUACCGAGUCCGGAUCGGCCUCCCUCAGCGUCCAGAGCCUGGACACAGGGUCAGUUAUGGACUUAGAACCGGUGGACCCGGACUCUCCGGACAUCAAGCGGAGGCGGAUCCACAUGUGUGACUAUGCAGGCUGUAAAAAAGUUUACACCAAGAGUUCUCACCUCAAAGCUCACCGGAGGAUACACACAGGCGAGAAGCCCUACCACUGCACCUGGGAGGGCUGCACGUGGCGCUUCGCCCGCUCCGACGAGCUGACCCGGCACUUCCGCAAGCACACGGGGAUCAAACCUUUCCGUUGCACCGAGUGCGACCGCUCCUUCUCGCGCUCCGACCACCUCUCUCUGCACCGCCGCCGUCACGUCAUGAUGUGAAUCUUCAUCACGCCCCCCUGACCUCCCAAAAAAACAUUGUGAUGUCACAAAAAAAAAAAAAGACCCUCACAGCACAUCUUGCACCAGAGGCUACACCCUCUUUAUUUUGGAAUUUGCAACAUCAUCGGGAAACCUUGCAAGAAUCCAGAACGCGUCACUGUGAGAGGAGGUUUCCGGAAUGAUGAUCCAUCUAUCCGUCCUUCCAUCUUUUUACGUCACAAUUCACCUCAGCUGAGCAUUUUUCCACCCCCAAUAUUCUGUUGCGGAAAUCGGAAAUUACGCUUUUGCAACUUUUACAAAAAAAAUGGACGUCCCGAUGCUGCAGCUGAGGAUAUUUAUUUUUGACGUAUUCAUAACAUAGAAAAAAAUGGACGUCCCCUUCCAUUCCGGUGCAGGGCGCUAAACGAGACUGUGAACUUUUCUUCCGUCACGUUAUUUUGCAUCGUUUUCUCCCGCACAUACGACUUUUCUUCUUCUUCUUCUUUGAUGAAAAAACAAAAACAACAGUGUUUUAUGUGUUAUAUUGUUGCCUUCACUUCUGUCGUUUCUGGCGCUUUUGUUGUUGUUUUGAACUAAUUCCCAUCUUUGGUCGUCUUUUAAAAAAAAAAAAAGGCUGUGAAGAAAAAAAAAAAAACUAGACAAGGGGUUACACAAAUUCUCUCGCAGGGAGUACGGGAGUUUUUCCUAGUGUGCGUGUUUUUUUUGUUUUUGCGUUUGGGUGUGCAUGUUUUUAGAUGAACACAUAAAUCACAAUUUACGUUGUUUACGAGUGAGUGUUCCGGGCCUUUUGACGUCUUUCGCCCGUUGAGCCUUAAUCACCGAAGUUAAUCUAUAUAUAAAAAAAAAAACAAGGGCAAAACUUAGAACCACUGACAGCGCACGUUAUGUUUGUCGCAAAAACCCGAUCUUUGCAUUGUUAGUGACGCAAAAAGCUAACAUCUUCAAUUGCCAUUGAACAGCGACUAUUGCUACUAUUAGCGUUCCAUCACUUUCAUAAUGUUGCUAGCUGGGGUUGCCUCUUGUGGUUCAAAUUGGUACAACAAGCGUAAUCAUACCUUUUGAAUUGACUUAUUUUUCAACUAAAUUCCUGCAGUUGUAAAAUAAGAAAGUCACAGGAUGGCAAACCAAUGGAAAAUGCUAACAUCCUUUGCUCAAAAAAAGAUUUGUACGCUAAAAAACGGCAUAGAAUUACUGUUAUCAUACAACAAGCGUAAUCAUACCUUUUGAAUUGACCUAUUUUUCAACUAAAUUCCUGCAGUUGUAAAAUAAGAAAGUCACAGGAUGGCAAACCAAUGGAAAAUGCUAACAUCCUUAGCUCAAAAAAAGAUUUGUACGCUAAAAAACGGGAUAGAAUUAGUUAUCAUACAACAAGCGUAAUCAUACCUUUUGAAUUGACUUAUUUUUCAACUAAAUUCCUGCAGUUGUAAAAUAAGAAAGUCACAGGAUGGCAAACCAAUGGAAAAUGCUAACAUCCUUAGCUCAAAAAAAGAUUUGUACGCUAAAAAACGGGAUAGGAUUACUGUUAUCAUACAACAAGCGUAAUCAUACCUUUUGUAUUGACUUAUUUUUCAACUAAAUUCCUGCAGUUGUAAAAUAAGAAAGUCACAGGAUGGCAAACCAAUGGAAAAUGCUAACAUCCUUAGCUCAAAAAAAGGUUUGUACGCUAAAAAACGGGAUAGAAUUACUGUUAUCAUACAACAAGCGUAAUCAUACCUUUUGAAUUGACCUAUUUUUCAACUAAAUUCCUGCAGUUGUAAAAUAAGAAAGUCACAGGAUGGCAAACCAAUGGAAAAUGCUAACAUCCUUAGCUCAAAAAAAGAUUUGUACGCUAAAAAACGGGAUAGAAUUACUGUUAUCAUACAACAAGUGUAAUCAUACCUUUUGUAUUGACUUAUUUUUCAACUAAAUUCCUGCAGUUGUAAAAUAAGAAAGUCACAGGAUGGCAAACCAAUGGAAAAUGCUAACAUCCUUAGCUCAAAAAAAGAGUUGUACGCUAAAAAACAGGAUAGAAUUACUGUUAUCAUAUGACAAGCGUAAUCAUACCUUUUGUAUUGACUUAUUUUUCAACUAAAUUCCUGCAGUUGUAAAAUAAGAAAGUCACAGGAUGGCAAACCAAUGGAAAAUGCUAACAUCCUUAGCUCAAAAAAAGAGUUGUACGCUAAAAAACGGGAUAGAAUUACUGUUAUCAUACGACAAGCGUAAUCAUACCUUUUGUAUUGACUUAUUUUUCAACUAAAUUCCUGCAGUUGUAAAAUAAAGUCACAGGAUGGCAAACCAAUGGAAAAUGCUAACAUCCUUACCUCAAAAAAAGAUUUGUACGCUAAAAAUCGGGAUAGAAUUACUCUUAUCAUACAACAAGCGUAAUCAUACCUUUUGAAUUGACUUAUUUUUCAACUAAAUUCCUGCAGUUGUAAAAUAAGAAAGUCACAGGAUGGCAAACCAAUGGAAAAUGCUAACAUCCUUAGCUCAAAAAAAGAUUUGUACGCUAAAAAACGGGAUAGAAUUAGUUAUCAUACAACAAGCGUAAUCAUACCUUUUGAAUUGACCUAUUUUUCAACUAAAUUCCUGCAGUUGUAAAAUAAGAAAGUCACAGGAUGGCAAACCAAUGGAAAAUGCUAACAUCCUUAGCUCAAAAAAAGAUUUGUACGCUAAAAAACAGGGAUAGAAUUACUGUUAUCAUACAACAAGCAUAAUCAUACCUUUUGAAUUGACUUAUUUUUCAACUAAAUUCCUGCAGUUGUAAAAUAAAGUCACAGGAUGGCAAACCAAUGGAAAAUGCUAACAUCCUUAGCUCAAAAAAAGAUUUGUACGCUAAAAAUCGGGAUAGAAUUACUGUUAUCAUACAACAAGCGUAAUCAUACCUUUUGAAUUGACUUAUUUUUCAACUAAAUUCCUGCAGUUGUAAAAUAAAGUCACAGGAUGGCAAACCAAUGGAAAAUGCUAACAUCCUUACCUCAAAAAAAGAUUUGUACGCUAAAAAUCGGGAUAGAAUUACUGUUAUCAUACAACAAGCGUAAUCAUACCUUUUGAAUUGACUUAUUUUUCAACUAAAUUCCUGCAGUUGUAAAAUAAGAAAGUCACAGGAUGGCAAACCAAUGGAAAAUGCUAACAUCCUUAGCUCAAAAAAAGAUUUGUACGCUAAAAAGCGGGAUAUAAUUACUGUUAUCAUACAACAAGCGUAAUCAUACCGUUUGAAUUGACCUAUUUUUCAACUAAAUUCCUGCAGUUGUAAAAUAAGAAAGUCACAGGAUGGCAAACCAAUGGAAAAUGCUAACAUCCUUACCUCAAAAAAAGAUUUGUACGCUAAAAAUCGGGAUAGAAUUACUGUUAUCAUACAACAAGCGUAAUCAUACCUUUUGAAUUGACUUAUUUUUCAACUAAAUUCCUGCAGUUGUAAAAUAAGAAAGUCACAGGAUGGCAAACCAAUGGAAAAUGCUAACAUCCUUAGCUCAAAAAAAGAUUUGUACGCUAAAAAUCGGGAUAUAAUUACUGUUAUCAUUUAGCUAGUGAGCAAGCACAAGCCCACAGCUCACAAAAGCUGAAUCCUGUGAACAUUUUUGUACCAACUUUUAGGCAUUACCAUAAAUAUUUAGCAAUUUGAUAAAGUCGGGUUGCUGUCAGUGGUUCUGGGAGACACCAGGCGCUGUGUCGGGCUGCCAGGGUGUAAACAAAAAGGGGAAACUAAGCUCUCUCCUCGCUAGCAUUUCUACCAGGGAGAGGUCUGUUCUCUUUCGUUGUUCCUGCGUUAACGCCUUAAAAAUCUCAAGCUAGUAGUGACGUUUAGGCAAAGCAGCGUCCGAACAGGCUGCCGAUCGGGGCUUUACUUGAUUAUGCAACGUUACCGCACAAUAGUUGUCUUAGCGCGCUGUUAUAGACAAUAGUCACGCAGCUCCGGUAAAGUAAAUCGGAAGAAAAUACCCUUAAAAGGAGGUCGGGAUGUUGUCUAAUGCUGCAUUUGGGAAAAUUGGGAAGUCUGGGAUUGAUCCCGCUUGAAGAAGACAAACGACAUAUCGUCUCGCGAAUUUCGAAGCAGAACAUAUUGCGAUUAAAGUUGCAAACUAGCAUACUAUUAAAUACUGAUAAAUAUAAUGUUGAACCAUGAAUGCUACCAAAGUGGUGCCAACAAAAAAACAUAAGUGACUCAUUAUUUACAUCACCUUAAGAAGGUGUAACGAAAUAUCCUCACGUUAAUUUCGAAACAACAUUUUGCCAAGAACAUCGAUAUGUAGCAUAACACAAAUAAAUGUCAUUCAUAAAUAUUUUGUGAAGUUUAAACAAAAAACUAAUUCUGGGCACUUAAACGGAAUACAAUGUUGAUUAUAUUAGUAUGUUGUUUAUUAUUGGCGAUACAUUCUUGAGCAGCAUAGCAACACAUCUUCGGCUGAUUACGAUACAAAACAGACUUCGACAAAUGUCGUAAUCCAACAUCUUUGGCGUCAAUAUUGUAUGAAAUAUAAAGUCGGGUUCUGUCGCGUUUUUCCUAGUCUUCUGCGAAAACAUUUUCGAAUUCCCAGUUUUCUUGGGUGCAGCUUUAGACAAUGUUAUUGAAUACAGAAUAAAAAGGCUGUAAUGAAGCCUGGGUUUAAUUUAAAAUCAAGACAAACAAACUUACCUUACUCCUGACAUUUGUGUUUGUGACAAACAACAACGGCAAAAUGUUUUUCCGGCUGCGUUUACCAUCAUUCUCGCCGAUUAAUCGUAAAAACAAAAUUGUACGCCUCUUAGAGACUCUCCGAAGCAGUUAAAAAAUGACCAGAUCUUUUUUUUUUUUUUAUAUAUAUAUAGUUUUUUCCUAGUUUCUCUUAGCAUCCCUUUUUGGCUUUGACGAACAAGGACAAAACCGAAAAAAAGCACAUCUUUCUAGAAGAGUAUAUGCAUUUGGUGUUUCUUUUGUAAACUGUUGAUAAAGACAUGAAAGGACAAUGACAAUAAAUAUUAAAGAGAUAGAAAAAAAGGAAUCCAUGUACAUAAAUGUAUAUAAUCAAAAAGUGCAAAAAGAGUACAUGUAACGGGUGAAGUUCUAUUUUUAACACUGACUAGAUAAUGUGAACAAAAUUAUUUCCCCCCUUCUUCCUCCUCUUCUUCGUUGGUUUCAUCAUGUCUUCUUUUUACAGUUUUUGUAGUUUCUUACAAAUAAUAAUAAUAAUAAUAAUAAUAAUAAUAAUAAUGGUCCCACUUGUGUUGUGCAUACUUGUGUUGCAUGGAGAGUAGCCCUUGUUUUUUUUUUUACAAAAGUAACGUUGGUGAGCAUGUGUGUGUGCGCGAGACAUUCGAGUUGCCCUCAAAGACAUGAAGAAGGGGGAAAAAAAAGGUAAAAGUUUAAAAUUCAGCACAAAACCUUUAAAGAAAUCACCUAAAAAUAGCAUGUUAGCUACAGGCUAGCUUAAGGCUAGGCAUUUUUUGUACCAUUUUGGGUAACGAUGUAAUGUCAACUUCACAUUUUUACAACACCUAGGCGACAAGAACAAGUUAAAAAUGAAGAUAAAUGUAGUUUAUAAAAUAUUUUCAUGUUUUAGCUAAAGACAAUUUAAACAAAUACAAUGGCUAGCGAUUUUUGACCAUCGGAUUGCCAAGCAUUAGCAAUACAUUUAACUCAUACAGAAUUGUGUCACUUUUUCUUGAAUGAUUACACGCAAAAAACAUAUACAACACGACAAUUUUGAAGCAGAACAGAUUGUGAUACGUGACGAGUCGACAUGCUAAAAAAAGAAAGUCAUAUCUUUGCGCUAGUUUCGACGCGAAACAGGUCGCAACGAAUGUCGACAUCCAGCAUAACCAAUAAAUAUACAUCUAACAGUUUUUUUUACAUCGUCACUUUUGGCGUCACUAUCAUCCAAAAUGUCAAAAUCCUGCAAAAAAAAUUAUUCAAUAAUGCGACGUGCUAAAAUUUUAGCAUGCAGGCAUACGACUAAAAAUAGCCGCCCAUUAGUUAUGCUAGCAUUCAACCGAUGUUUACGUCUGUUUGUUUGCAAACCAGAAGCUAGUUUAGCCACAAAUGCUAGCCGAGCUGUUCAUUUAUUGGUCCAUCGCAUCGGAAAAGCACAUAAUGAUAAUAAUAAUGUUCACAUUAUAUAUUUUUUUCAAGCUAACGCCACAAGAUGGAAGCUUAUUUUUCCUACCUACUGUUGUUUUUUUUUUCUGUGCAUUUUUUUUCCCACAAGCUUGUUGACCUCUAACUUAUUUUGUAUCUUUAAAAAAAAAAGAGAAAAAAAAGAAAUGUAAUGUCUCUGUGUAUGAGUGCCUCGACCUGCCACCAAUCACAACUACUAGUUUUCUAUUGAAUGCAGUAACUCUCGGGCCAGUACUAUAUUAUAUUUACUCAGUGCAAUGCAGUUAUUAUCAUGGUUAUAAUAAUACAAUUCAGAAUAUUUUAUUUCCUCCUCCUCUUUUUUUUGUUUUGUUGCAUUUGUACAGAACAGAAAUGUGUAAAGAUCAGCGAGGAAAAACUAACUUUUUGAUACUGUGACUCAUGGUGUUUAAAAGUCUAAAAAAAAAGUUUGUUUCCCCCCAUCCUGUAUUGUUGUGAUUAUUCCUCCCCUCCCUUCUUACCUUUUUUUUUUUUUUUUUUUAGAAUAAAAAAUGUUUUCGGUGCAAUUUAA